CUGCGGUGAUUAAAGUUGAGCCGCUGACCUGCGUGCUUCCUCCCGGGGAAACUGCGCGUUUAACGAGCGUCAGUUUCCAUUUCUCCACUCCAGAUCAUUUGUUGCUGUCCGGGAGCUGAGCUUCAGCCCGGCGCACGGACGGAUCCGGCUUCCAGGAUCACAGAUGGACUGGCUCGCACCUGAGAUGUGAACCGUGUUAUGUGAGCCCAGGUGUUUUCCCACCUUUCCGGUGGUGGGAAGAGAUGCUGCUCUCCGUUACCAUGGCAGCGGAGGUCCUUCUUCUGGGGUUCGUGAUGAGCGGCGUCCUGUGCAAUCCCAUAGCGACGCUGUCGGUGAGCCGGGAUCACCUGGAGAAGGUGCUGACCCAGACCCGGCAGGACGAGCAGCAGGACAGGCAGAGUCCAGAGGAGUACGCCGCUCAGGGAACCAACGCCUUCGGCCCCAACAGGACCGCCCCGGACCUCACCGGGCCGAGCUUCAGCUCCCUGGAAGAUGGAGAAUCCGAGCAGCAGUGGAGCGAACAGGACAGCCUAAACCAAAUAGACGAGGGCCCCACCAGCGACGUGGCCCUCUCCCUGGAUGCCAUCGACGAGUACGCCUACCCGGACUACAGGGGGAAAGGCUGCAUGGACGAGAGCGGCUUUGUGUUUGCAAUCGGCGACCAGUUCACCCCGGGCCCCUCGACGUGUCCUUGCCUCUGCACGGACGAGGGCCCUCUGUGCACCAAACCCGAAUGUCCUAAGGUCCACCCUCGGUGCAUCAAAGUGGACACCAGCCAGUGCUGCCCUCUGUGCAAGGAGAAAAAAAACUACUGCGAGUUUCGGGGCAAGGUCUACGCCUCGCUAGAAGAGUUUAAGGUGUCUCCGUGUGAGAAGUGCCGGUGUGAGCCCAGUGGAGAGGUUCUGUGCUCGGUGUCCGCCUGUCCUCAGACUGAGUGUGUGGACCCGGAGUACGAGCCCGACCAGUGCUGUCCCAUCUGCAAGAGCGGGCCCAACUGCUAUGCGGACACAGAGGUGAUACCAGCUGGGCGAGAGGUGAAGAUUGAUGACUGCACAAUCUGCUACUGCACGUAUGAGGAGGGCACGUGGCAGAUCGAGCGGCAGGCCACCUGCAGUAAAAACGAGUGCUAACAAAGCUAAAGACUGGCACAGGUGAGGAGCGGCGGAGGAGGCAACAGCCUCACCGAAACACAUGCACACUCUCGGACUUUCACCCAGUCCACUGAUGAUCAGGGUCGGACAGCGGCGCUCCAACAAUUCAGCAUUUAUACAGCAGCCAAUCACCAACGACUGAAAAUGCUUUUAUGAAAGUUUCUAAUCUUCACACAGAUUAUCUAUUUAUCUAUGUAUUAAUUUAUUUCUGAAUAUAUUCAAAAUAUAAGGUCAUGCUGAACUAGUAAAAAGAUAUUUUUUAUAGUUUCUGUAUUUUAAUAAGCAAUGUACUGGACCAGAGGUCAACAACAACAAAAGAAUGUACAGAACACACUCUCACACACACAGCUGUCUCUGGAGGUGAAAAACCUCAAUGUCUGAACAUGUGGUGUCGUCACGACCUGACCUAACACCAGUCUGACCCAACACCAGUCUGGUUUUCAUAACUGCGCCUGACCCAAUCUGUCAGGUCCUGAAACUGGUCCAUACACAAACGCUAUUCCUGAAACCAGUUCAGACCUUUCCCAAAACCUGCCCAACAUCCAUUCCAACACCAGCCCUAACCAGUCCCAACACCAGACCCAAUACCAGUCCCAACACCAGACCCAAUACCAGUCCAAACACCAGACCCAAUACCAGUCCAAACACCAGACCCAAUACCAGUCCCAACACCUGACCCAAUACCAGUCCAAACACCAGACCCAAUACCAGUCCAAACACCAGACCCAAUACCAGUCCAAAUACCAGACCCAAUACCAGUCCAAACACCAGACCCAAUACCAGUCCCAACACCAGACCCAAUACCAGUCCCAACACCAGACCCAAUACCAGUCCCAACACCAGACCCAAUACCAGUCCAAACACCAGACCCAAUACCAGUCCAAACACCAGACCCAAUACCAG